CGGGCUUGCAAGGACGGGAGCAGAGCUGCCUGGCGAACUGGGGCGGCUAGACCCGCAAAGAGCUGCUCUCGCCGGGCGGAUUCUGUGCCCAGGCUGACAUGUGGGCCGCCGUGAGGUUAGCUCUAGGCCGGUGCCCCCGCGCCACCCUUCCCGGGCUGCGAUCUUAUCACGGGGACGCGGUAGCCACGCUGGGCACCCAGCAGGACUCCGGUUCUGCUAUCUACCAGGAAAACUAUGAACAGAUGAGAGCACUGGUAGACCAGCUGCACGAACGAGCACAGACCGUGAAACUAGGAGGCGGUGAGAAAGCCCGAGCACUCCACGUGUCCAGAGGGAAGCUGCUGCCCAGAGACAGAGUGGACACCCUCAUCGACCCAGGGUCUCCAUUUCUGGAACUGUCGCAAUUUGCAGGCUACCAGUUAUACGGUAAAGAGGAGGUGCCCGCCGGCGGCAUCAUCACGGGCAUCGGGAGAGUGUCGGGGGUAGAGUGCAUGAUUGUUGCCAACGACGCCACCGUCAAGGGCGGCUCCUACUACCCCGUGACUGUGAAGAAGCACUUGCGGGCACAGGAGAUCGCGAUGCAGAACAGGCUGCCCUGCAUCUACCUGGUCGACUCAGGAGGCGCAAAUUUACCCCGGCAGGCAGAUGUCUUUCCUGACCGAGAUCACUUCGGCCGUAUAUUCUAUAACCAGGCGGUCAUGUCUUCGAGAAACAUCGCCCAGAUCGCGGUGGUCAUGGGCUCCUGUACGGCAGGAGGAGCUUACGUGCCUGCCAUGGCGGAUGAGAACAUCAUUGUACGCAAGCAGGGCACCAUUUUCUUGGCGGGACCCCCCUUGGUCAAAGCGGCAACUGGAGAAGAGGUGUCGGCGGAGGAUCUGGGAGGCGCUGACCUUCACUGCAGGAAGUCUGGGGUCUCCGACUAUUAUGCCCUGGAUGAUAACCACGCCCUCCACUUAACCAGGAAGGUCGUGAGGAAUCUCAACUACCAGAAGAAGCUGAGUGUCACCGUGGAGCCUUCCGAAGAGCCUUUAUUCCCUGCUGACGAGCUUUACGGAAUCGUGGGUGCCAACCUGAAGAGGAACUUUGAUGUCCGAGAGGUCAUUGCUAGAAUCGUGGAUGGAAGCAGAUUCAAUGAAUUCAAGGCCUUAUAUGGAGACACGUUAGUUACAGGAUUUGCCAGAAUAUUUGGAUACCCAGUAGGUAUCAUUGGAAAUAAUGGUGUUCUCUUCUCUGAAUCUGCAAAAAAGGGGGCUCACUUCGUCCAGCUGUGCUGCCAGAGGAACAUCCCGCUGCUGUUCCUGCAGAACAUCAACGGGUUCAUGGUUGGGAAGGACUAUGAGGCUGAAGGAAUUGCCAAGGACGGGGCCAAGAUGGUGGCUGCGGUCGCCUGUGCCCAAGUGCCCAAGAUCACGGUCAUUAUUGGGGGGUCCUACGGGGCUGGAAACUACGGCAUGUGUGGCCGGGCCUAUAGCCCAAGGUUUCUCUACAUGUGGCCAAAUGCCCGGAUCUCGGUGAUGGGAGGCGAGCAAGCAGCCAAUGUGUUGGCCACAAUAGCGAAGGACCAAAGAGCUCGGGAAGGGAAACAGUUCUCCAGUGCGGACGAGGCUGCUCUCAAAGAGCCCAUCAUGAAGCGCUUUGAAGAGGAAGGGAACCCCUACUACUCCAGCGCCAGGCUGUGGGAUGAUGGGAUCAUAGACCCCGCGGACACCAGACUCGUCUUGGGUCUCAGCCUCAGCGCCGCCCUCAACGCUCCCAUCCCGAAGACUGACUUUGGCGUCUUGAGGAUGUAACUGCAGUCUAAGGCAGCUUCCGUUGGACAUGUGCCCAAAAUGAACGCAUCAGUAGCCUUAACAUUCUAGACUUAAAAACAAACAAACGAGUGGAGGUUAUUAUAGUAAGAUCUUUUCUUUUCUUUCUUUCUUUUUUUUUAACAGUGCAUUGUACUUUUCUAAGUUAAAAAGCAGUAAGGUAAUUGAUGGAUGACCCUAAAUUCCUGUAAAUGUUCUCAGAGUUUUCUGCAGCUGUCCCACCCGUCGAUGAAGAGAGUCAUGGAGUUCUUCUUCCUUAAUAGUGGGAAGAGUUCCGUUAUCUUGCUGAUUCCAAUCUCUGAGGUUAUGAAAGUAUUCCACUGAAAUCAUUUUGAUCGUGCACGAUUUUUUUUCACACACUCUUUUAAAAAAUCUCUAUUUCUUCUAAGAGUCAGAGUUUCCGUUGUGUGCCACCUGGCUCUCCUUGUUCCAUUGCCCUCAGCCUUCUCCAAGGCUGUGCCACUUUGGGUCUCAUGGCUCUGCUCUCAUGCAUGCGGCCUUCCAAACACUCCACACGCCCUCCUCCUCCAAAUGCCAUUCUCUGCUGCUGUUCCAGGCCUCUCUAGGUUUUGCUCCAGCCUCCCAGCUCUUCUCAGCCAGCACCUUCAUAGGCCCCCUUUUUCUCCCGUCCACCUCCAGGUCACUGUUUUAAUGAAUUUAAACUCAGAGCCUAUGAAUCUAUUCUUUUUCUAAAGGAUACAGAUUGCACAAAAGUAUUUUCUCAUUCUCUGCCAUUUGAAGUAGAUUCAGUAGGAGAAGCCUCAAAGGGUCAGCCUGAGCAUGCGGUGCCAGGGGUGGAAUUCAGGGCCUCACACGGGCAGGCACACACUUCAUCCUGUUGUGGCAUCUCCCGAGACCCCUGCUGAAGUGCCAACCCCUGCUGUUUCCUUCCUCUUCAUCGUCAGCUCGGUCUUGACUCGGGAUCUAGCUAUGCUAGACUCUGCCCGGUUCUGUGAACCCACAGGAUGUCUCCCACCCGAGGGCCUCCUCUUGCCUCUCCCUUCUUCAUCAGCACUUAGCCAUUGUGCCCGGUCCUGCUCUGGGUGGGGCAGGCCUUGGUCUGUGUUUGCCCAGCACCGUCCACUCCCCCGCCACACACUCAUGGUGGGUAUCAAUGUCUCUUGACUCUUUUUGCCCUGAUCUCCAGUGCCUGGUCUUUCAAGUUGCUCAGAUGGGUUGAGUGGGGGUGGGGAAAGAAGCAGAUUGUCGUCACUAGGCUCAAAUCACAUGGCUUUGAAAUGCAAGUGAUCUAUCAUAUGGUGAAUAAAAGUAUCAGAGGCGUUCCUAAUAAAAUCAGUGUUUCUGAAACUUGUGUGUUCAUGCAAGACUGCCUUUUUGUGUACCAGGGAGUCAUAAUUUUGAGGUGGGUACACAUAGAUGAUCAGCACUGAGAGGUCAUGUUUCAAGAAGGAACAUGGGCUAGAAUGAUUGUAUAGUGGGUAGGAAACCUGCCUUGCACACAGGUGAUCCAGGUUCAAUCCCAGCAUCCCAUAUGGUCCCCUGUGCACAAUCAGGUGUGAUACCUGAGCACAGAGCCUGGAGUAAGCCCUGAACAUCACUGGGUACCCAUCCGCCCCAAACCGCCUCCCUCCCAAAAAAAAAGAGAAAGGGAAAACAGUAAAUCUUACAUUUUUGGCAGGUCACACUGGUGGUGCUCUGUGGCUACUUCCAUCUCUGUGCUGUAUGGUUGUUCCUGGUGGCACUAAGGGGGGGGGACCAUGAGGUGGUGGCCUCAGACUGGGGCCUCCUGUAUGCACAGCAUGUUUGCUGCCUAUUGGGCCAUCCAGUUCCUUCAC